AUGAAGGCUGAGGAGCCGUGGAGGCCCGAGACCAAGGUCCAGGCGGCGCGGCCGGCGGUGCUGGAGGCCAGGGCAGCCCAGGUCGCGCGGGCACCACACGCUCCUGGACCGGGCAGAGAUGCCUUGCCAGGGCCGAGUGGACAUGCUGGGCCCUGGCCUGGUGCACACGCUGCAUUAGGAGUGGGCGGGCAUGCCGGGCUUGCAGCCAGAAGGCCAGGAAGCCAACUGCUCCAGUUUGCCCUCAGAAUGCCUUUCCUGUCACCCAUGGAGGCAGAGAUAGCCCGCAAGACCCUGGGACCACAUGUCCACCUCCACCCAGGGGCAGUUUGGAAGGAGCACACAGUGUCUAGCAAUAUCCUAGCUAUGUUAGUUCUAAAAAAGGGCCAAGGUAGGAGUUCACUGACUGCUGAAGACCCUGGCCAACUGCAAAUUUCCAUCACCUUCCAUCUCCAGCAGCUUUCCUUGUUGGUUCGGACCACGCAGCAGUUUGUUCCCCCAUUUUUCCACUAAGUCUCAACUGGGAAAAGGGGGCUAAGACUAACCUUAUGUACCAUUUAGGCAGUGCAUCCUUCCCUAGGGCAAUGAUUCCUGCAGUAGUUGCCACUUUAUUAUGGGGGCUUAAUUGUUUGCUUUGUUGGCCUUUGGGUACUCCCUGCAUUAUUGUUUCCCUGUUGCUGGAGGAGGGGGUGCUUAAAUGUUUGUUACUGCAGAAAAUAAAACUGA